ACCAAGAGUGUGAUAGGUAUUUUCCUUUCAUAGCAAUGUUUUCUAGAGUUGCUCUGGGCAAGAGUAUAUAUAUAUUUUUUGUAAUUUCUUGCAUAGUUUCGAUAUCUUCGAGUGUAUGUCUGUGUGUUUGGGUUUGUUUUGAUCUAUGUAGAUCUGCAAUUUGUUUUGUUUUUAGGGAGCUAGUUUUACCCAAAUAGCCCUGUUGAUAAAUCGUUUCCCCACUCUUUUGUGGUAAAAUUCUGUCCCUAUCGUCUGCUGUGUGGUUUGAAGACUAUGGUUACAAAAGCUUUUAUUUGGAUAGAGGAAAAAAUUUACUGGUCUGCAGAAUUUUUAAAGUUAUUGAGAAUUUUGUUAAAUGUUCCCUCAAAGUUUUUGUAUUUGACGUAUGAAUGGUGGCAAGUGGCGGCUUCCUUUAUGAUUUGAAACUGAUUUUUAUAGCCUGAUCAGAUGCUGGUCUGCAAUUUGUUGUUUUUUUUUGAGCUAGUUUUGUGCAAAUAGCCCUGUUGAUAAAUCGUUCCCUCACUCUUUUGCGGUAAAAUUCUGUCCCCAUUGCCUGCUGUGUGGUUUGAAGACUAUGAGUUACAAAAGCUUUUAUUUGGAUGGUGGAGGAAAAAAUUUACUGGUCGGCGGAAUUUUUAAAUUAAUUGAGAAUUUUGUUAAAUGUUCCCUCAAAAUUUUUGUAUCUGACAUAUGAACAGUGGCAAGUGGCGCCUUUAUGAUUUGAAAAUGAAAACUGAUUUUUAUAUCCAGAUCAGAUGUUGGUCUGUUUUUCUUGCAUCUUUCCUUUAUUUCUUACAAGGAAAAGAGAGUUUUUUUUUUAAUUUCAUUUAGUAUGAGAUUGCGUGUUCAUGUCUAAAUGUUCUGGGCCAGCAGGUGGUAAUGUUGUUCAGUAGUGAGGACUGCAUUUACAUUACAAUGCUUCUCAGAACAAUUCCAUUAUUGUCUUUCUAGUUUUGUGACCUUCAGAAAAAAUUAAAAUUGUUCAUGUCUUGUUUUUGCUAUAUUGUUCAGUGGUAGUUGGCAUUUUUAAGUACUAAAUGAACCCUUUACUGACUUUUUCCGGACCAGGAUGUGGUUUUUCUUUUUAACUUUUCUGUAAAUAUCAUUGGCGCUUCCAGAGUUGUUUUGAGAAUGGCUUGAUGGUUGUAGCUGGCAUUAGCAUCUCUUAUGGAUUGCAAAACAAGUUCACGUCUUUUAGAGAUUUAUUUUUGUCCUUGCAUUCCUUGCACCGGUCAGGGUCAAUUAUCUCAAUAUGGUGCUCAUGCUUUGGAGGACUGACCAUGAUUUGGUCUGCAGGGAUGCAAAAGCCAUAUCUAAGAGCUGCUUGAGCAACUUGUGGCUCCCUUGCCCUUAUUCUAGAGUUACAACCACAUCAGUCAGUUAAAUCUGUUGGCACUUACAUGGCAAGCAGAGAAGCCAACAAUCAGGAUUCACAUGUGGUAAAGAAUCUGAAGCAGUGCUCUAAAGAGGUUAUGUGGUUAGGUUCACCCUGGACAUGCAGGAAAAGGCGGAGACAUUACCAGUCAUUUUGUCGAAAUGGAGUUGAAAUUGCAGUUCAUGAUUUUGUCUAUGUCUUGGCUGAAGAAGACGAACGACUUGUUGCUCAUUUAGAUGAUAUGUAUGAAGAUACCAAGGGCAACAAGAUGGUUGUGGUACGAUGGUUUCACAAAAUUGAUGAGGUUGGUGUUGUUUUGCCUCAAUCCUACCGUGACAGGGAGAUUUUCUUUUCUCUUUGUCUUCAAGAUCUCAGUAUUGAAUGCAUAGACGGACUGGCAACUGUUCUUAGUCCUCAGCAUUAUGAACAAUUUCUGAAUGGGGCAAAACAUACUCAGUUGGAGCCAUUCGUAUGCCACAGGCAGUUUGACAAUGAUGAAAUCAAGGCAUUUGACGUAACUCAACUUAAAGGUUACUGGAAACAGGAUCUAUUGAGAUACACUUGUCCUGUUGAUGAUGGUCUAGAGGUGGAAAGAAAUCCUAGUGAUGCUGCUGCGAAUAGACCCAAGAAGAGGCUCCGAUGGUCCGAAGAGUGUGACACGAACUUGCAAUCUGCCAGCGAAAAAGUCGACGUUAAUGCUACUUUACAAAGUUGCAAUGGCAGUCUAACCAGCUCUAAAGUUGUAAUGGGGUUGUGCCGUCUGAGAGAAUUGUCUGCUGCUUCAUUUGGUAACAUUAAACUGGAGAAAAAAAAUUCGCAGCAUCUAAGCAUUGGUUCUCAAGUUGAAGUGCUCUCUCAAGAUAGUGGUAUUAGAGGCUGCUGGUUUAGAGCAUUCAUUGUGAAGAAGCACAAAGAAAAGGUGAAAGUACGGUAUCAGGAUAUCAUGGAUGCCACUGAUGAAGCCCAAAAUCUGGAGGAGUGGAUUUUGGCGUCCAGGUUGGCUGCACCUGAUGAGUUGGGUGUUCGAAUCUGUGGGAGGAGUAUUGUCAGACCUGUGCCAUGGACCAACAAGGGUAAAGUUUCAUGGGUAUUUAAUGUUGGAACCCUCGUUGAUGUGUGGCGGCAUGAUGGGUGGUGGGAAGGCAUAGUUGUUAAGAAAGAAUCUGAAGAUCGUCUACAUGUUUAUUUUCCAGGAGAAAGGCAGGAACUGAUCUUUGGUUGUGGUGAUUUGAGGCAUUCACAGGAAUGGUUGGAAGAUGGAUGGAAGCAGCUAAAGGAAAGGUCAGAUCUUGUAUCCGUGUUAUCUGGACUGGAAAUAAAGCAAGAUAUUGCUAACUGCGGCAAUGUUAAACCAGAGAAAGCUGUCUUGUGUUAUGAUAGAGAUCUUGUUGACAAUUCUGUGGUGGAUAUGGGAGACGAGAAGUUGAAUGAAUUGAAAGUCAUGCGAGAUCUCUCAAAAGAUGAUUUGCUCUCACAAUUGAGAUGGAAAUCAUCAGGGAGAAGACGACGUAGUAGGAGCCCCGUUCACAAGUUGCAGUUUGGUGUUCAUGACAAUAAUAAGAGAGUUGAGGAUUCACAUAAGCAAACCUAUCGGAAAUAUUUUGGUCUGCCCUUGAAGGUGGAUCCCGACAACUGCAAGUAUAGGGGUGAUUCUUCUUUUGGUUCUUCAAUCGUCUCUCCAUUGUCAAACUUGGUUAUGACUCGAUGACGGUUCUUCUUGGGCUUUCAAGUUCUUACAGGAUUGAUUGAAGAUCUGGACACAUUCGUGGAAUUGUUUUACAUGUAUAUAGUAUCCUGGAUUUUGGCUUUUUAGAUAAAGGUACCAUGACUCAAUUUUUUCGUUGAUGCGGGAAAUGUGUAUAUGAAGUUGCUGAGGUAUCUGACUCAAUGACCUUUUGUAUGAACAAGUAGCAGUAGCCUGAGGCAGUACAGAAUGCGAAGCCACAGGUAACGUUGUUGAUGUAGUAGAAAGAAUGACCACUUUAGGCUAAUUUAAUACCUCAUAACACUUCAGCAAAUUGACGCGCCUUGUUACCAGCUGAGAAUACUUCUUGUAAUCUCUCUUUAUAUUCUUGUUACCAGCUAAUUAAAAGUUCUUAUCGUCUGGUAUCAAACGCUUAUUUGUUUUGGAAUUGCAAUUGAUAAUCUGAUUAUAUUUCCUC